AUGGCGAAGCUGGAAACCUGGAGCCUUCAGUCACGAAGACUACGUGAAGUAUCAUCUGAAGGUCAACUAGAAGAUGUGAAAGCAGCAUUACGGGCAAUCAUCACUGCGACCAUCAAUGAAACUAACCAGGUGAUCAACACUACAGCCAUGUGUCAGGUGGGUGAUAACACCAGUGAGAUUGGGUACCAAGCUCCAAGUACAAAGAAAGGAGCGCAGAGUGCAACAGAAGCUGACCAGAGAGACAGGAUGAUGGCGAAGCUGGAAACCUGGAGCCUUCAGUCACCAAGACUACGUGACGUAUCCUCUGAAGGUCAACUAGAAGAUGUGAAAGCAGCAUUACGAGCAGUCCUCACUGCGACCAUCACCGAAACCAACCAGGUGAUCAACACUACAGCCAUGUUCCGGACGCUCUGUGAGAAGGCCAAGGAGAUCCUGACCAAGGAGUCCAACGUUCAGGAGGUGCGAUGCCCGGUGACGGUGUGCGGCGAUGUCCACGGUCAGUUCCACGACCUGAUGGAGCUCUUUAAGAUCGGAGGAAAGUCUCCCGACACCAACUACCUGUUCAUGGGGGACUACGUCGACAGAGGCUACUACUCUGUGGAGACGGUCACGCUGCUCGUCACGUUAAAGGUAAACCUCUGUGUUUCUGUGUGGCGUUCACAUGUGCGCUCUGAUAACAUCUCCAACAAGUUGAUUUCGUCAUUUAUCAGGUUUAUAUUUAAGAUUCUGAACUGUGCAGUUUACCUGAGCUGUUGGCUUCUGUUUCAGGGCCCGAUGUGUGACCUGCUGUGGUCGGACCCCGAUGACCGCGGCGGGUGGGGGAUCUCUCCCCGAGGUGCCGGCUACACCUUCGGUCAGGACAUCUCUGAAACCUUCAAUCAUGCCAACGGACUCACUCUGGUGUCUCGCGCCCAUCAGCUGGUCAUGGAGGGCUACAACUGGGGCCAUGACAAGAACGUGGUGACCAUCUUCAGUGCUCCAAACUACUGCUACCGCUGUGGAAACCAGGCGGCCAUCAUGGAACUGGACGACACUCUGAAAUAUUCUUUGUAAGUAUGAAGAAUGCGUUCACAU